GUUGUCAGCUUUCCGUUGCCACAGUCACCAAAAUGAGUAUCGACACUGCAAAGUUGAUAAAGGCCGCUGUUCCCGAAGCCGAAGGGCGGAAUGCGCGCAUCUUGUCGCAGAAUGUGUCGGACUACAAAGAUCCUAAUUUUCUCUCUCAGGACUUCCCGCGGCAACCUCCCCGAUUGUAUAUCACAGCGGAGAGCGAUGACUUCGAUGCAGUGACUAUCGCGGAGUGGCAGGCCGAAGGGUUUGACGUCCAGUAUCUUCCUAUGGGAAAUGGGGGAGACGAAUACUUGAGAAAGCUGAAAGGCCUGAGAGGGAAUGAGGCGGCCUCAUUCGAGACGUUUGGUAUCGUAGCAUACGGCGAUGCUGCUGCCAUGUGUCUUCAGCAUUACCACGUCAUGGACAACAACUCCGACUUCAAGAUCAGAUUGCUCAUCGCUUAUUAUCCAACCGCAAUACCCGACCCAAAAGGUCGUUUCCCAAACAACAUUUCAACUCUCGUGCACUUAAUCGGUGGAGAAGACAUCGAUGUCACAGUACAGUCGCAAAUGGUCGGCAUUCAAGGCAAACGGCGCACGAGUCGCAGGACCAUCCAACCGGGAAUCGGGACGGGCGGCCUACUUCAGCUUGCGUAUCCAAGUUAUACUUACCAGGCGCAGCCUGGAUUCGCAGAGCACGAUCUAGAUGAGUACGAUGCGAUAAGCGCGGAUUUGGCGUGGAGCCGGAGUUUGGCUACGGCGAGGAGGGCGUUUGGAAUGACGGUAGACUUGGAGCGUGUGUGGGAAGAAAAUGUCCAAGGGAAAUUCUUCAGUCGAAGCCUUAACUCAACCAUGUCCAGCUACACGACGCACAAGAGCCCGCACGUUACUUACAUUCCAACCCUGACAGGAGGCAUCGGCGCCGACGAGCUUCAGGAGUUUUACUCCCAGUACUUUGGAAAUCCAAAGUCGCUCAAGUUGACCCUAGUAUCUCGAACCAUUGGCGCUGACCGCAUCGUGGAUGAGAUUCACGUCCGAUUCAAGCAUACACAAGAGAUGCCCUGGAUCCUGCCAGGUGUUCCGCCCACUCAAAAGCGAGUCCAAAUCCUCGUAGUCAGCGUCGUGACUCUGAGAGGAGGGAAACUGUACCAUGAGCACGUCUACUGGGAUCAAGCCAGCGUUUUGCUUCAGAUUGGAGCCCUGGAUCCCAAUGCGAUACCGGAAUCAGCGAAGAAACUAGGGAUCGAAAAGUUGCCUGUUGUGGGAAGCGCAGCGGCAUCGAGAGUACUGAAGGGCUGGGAUCCCGAACAGGAAGGCGAGGCAGACAAUGACUUGAUCCCUGGGUGGAAUGAUGAAGGUGAUGAUGGUGAUGAGGCCGAGCACGGGUGCAUGAUUAGCCGCCGUGCCCUGAGGGUGAUGGAUAACGCAGAGUAA